CAUUUUUAGAAAUUAAUUUUUAAAACAAAAUAGUUUAGGAAAUGUGAGCAAAAAAUUUGCCCUAUAUAAAAUUAUAUAAUCCUCUCCAAAAAGGACAUCUUUGUUUUCCUCAGUAUUAUUUAUUUUUAGUUAACUAAGUUAUAAUUUUUUAAGAAUGGCUGCUCAUGAAGGGAUAGAUUAUGAUCCAGCAGAUGGACAUUAUUCUGAUGUUGUAUUAACCAUUAGAAUACUUAUGGGAAAGGAAAUCCUUCCACUUAUUGGGGAAUAUGGAGAAGUUGUCAGAGACCUUAGAAACCAAUCUGAAGCUACAAUUACUAUCACUGAUAGCUCGACUCCAGAGCGUAUUGUGACUGUCACUGGCAACAUUAAUAUAAUACAAAAAGCAUUUGCAUUAAUUACAAAAAUUUUAGAACAGAAUUCUCCUACACACCUUCAAAAUAGUCGAAAACAAUCAAGUAAUAAUUCUACUACAAUAAAACUUAUUGUACCUGCUUCUCAAUGUGGAUCAUUAAUUGGAAAAGGAGGUGUAAAAAUCAGGGAAAUACGAGAAGCUAGUGGAGCUAUGGUAAAUGUAGCUUCAGACCUAUUACCAAAUUCUACUGAAAGAACGGUGAGUAUUAGUGGUACUGCAGAAGCUAUCACCGAGGCAAUUCAUCAGAUAUGUAUUGUAAUGUUAGAGACACCAGGAAGAGGACCUACAGUUGCUUAUAGACCUUUUGUAACACAACCUGGGCCUGUAGUACUUUGUGGAGGCCAAGCCUAUACUCUUCAAGGAUCACUAGCAAUUCCAGCAGUUGGUGAUCAAACAGCCUCAAAUACAGCAUUAAAUACAAUUGCAAGUAUUGCCCCAAAUUUAAUUGCAGGUUCUGGAUUAGAUCCAUCAGUGCUCGCUGCAUUAGCAGGUAGUCAGUUACGAGGUGGUGGUGUCAGUUCUAAAACUUCACAACAGCACGUUACCCAUGAGAUGGCUAUACCUAAUGAUAUAAUUGGAUGUAUCAUAGGUAAAGGAGGAACGAAAAUUGCCGAAAUUAGAAGAAUAAGUGGAGCCAUGAUAAGAAUAUCAAAUACUGAAGAACACGAAGCAUCUGGAAAAAUGGAAAGAGCUAUAACAAUUAGUGGACAAGCUGAUGCUGUUAAUGUGGCUAAAACAUUGAUUAAUUUAAGUGUUGAUCAGUAUAAUAAAUCAUCUGGAGAAUCAGUGGAUUAUGAUGAAGAAUUUGCAUCUAAUUUUGUAGCAGAUGCAAAAACAACGACUGAGACCUUGGCAACAUUAUUAUCAAAUCCAAAUGGUUUAGGAGCUUUAGGAGCAUUGACUGGACUCAAAGAACUAUUAGGAAGUAUUAACAACAAAAAACAAAUGAAUAAGAAAAGAGAUAAAAAUGAUAAAUUUUCACCUUAUUAAACUAUCUGCAUAAAAUAUUAUAGUUAUAUAAUUUAGCAACAAUAUUUUUAAUUGUUUAUUUUGAUUCCACAUGUAUUAUAUUUUUUAAGAUUACUGUAAAAUUAAAUAAAAAUAAUUGAAUAUAUAGUUUCAAAAUAAAUCAUUUUGGUAACUAAUAAUUAUAAUAUUUCUUUGGAAUUUUAACAAUACUAAUAACAUUAUUGUAUAAGGUAAGAAAUGUUUUGUUUAUUUAGUUGUAUCUUUAUUACAAUUGUUGAUAAUGAAGUAUAAUUAAAAUUGUACUACCUACAUAACAUAUUAAAUAAGCAAAGACAAAUUAUAAUUCUUAUGAUACAAAUGCCUGAUAGGCUAAAGCAGUGGCUCUCAUCCUUUUUAAUUGUGCACAUGAACAAUUUUGUAAAAAAAUCUUUAUUGCUCAUUAAUAGCACACCUGUUUACAUAUACUUAUUAUUAAUUAAAUAUUAUUAUAACUAGAAUCUAGAAAUAUUAUUAAGUAUAUAAUAAUAUUAUUUUAAAUAUAUACAUUAGCAAUAUUAUUUAGUUCGUAGCCACAUGUGGGCCAUAAUGAAUAAAGGAUAAUAUCAAAAAUGUGAUAAACGUAUACCAACAAUCAUAUGUAUAAUAAUUUAUAAUAUACAUUUCAAUUAUAAUCUAUUGUACAUAAUAUGGAUUUUAGAUUCUAAGUGGAGCAAUGCCAUUAUAAAUGUAUUACAAUUA